AUGCGCGGUGAUGAAAUCCAAGAUAAUCUAGACGACGAAGAAGAAAGUGAUUCAGAAGAAACUAAUAUUAGAUGGAGCAAUUUGAUCUUCCUGCCUUUCAAUCCCGUAUUCAACAGUGUCGUUGUUACAAUGGUCAUCAUAAAAACCAUCCUGGGACCAAUUCAGUCAGUUUAUCCAAUCGUGUAUUGUUGGAAUACCAUGGACUACGUGCCAUUUUUGGUUUGGAUAAAAAUUCUAUAUUUGUACAUCUGUGACCCCAUUUAUGGUGUGGACACAUUUCUUCACAUACUUCACAGGCAAGUCACGGACGAAGCUAUGAGACGGGAACAUUUGCCAAAGUCAGCCUUUCUACUGUUGCUCGAUAUAAUAUCUCUGAUUCCUUUCUACCGACUUGUAUCGGAUGAAUCUUGUGAGCCGGCUGAGUUUUAUCCAAACAUACUUUCAUUUACGGAGUUUGUUAUUAUAUACAGAGUUGCAGAUAGUUUUUCACUAAUAACAACACACAAUUACAUACGGAUUGUUUGUGGGUAUACCAUAAUGUUGGCGAUUGGCCUCAACUGUAUUGCCAGCUUUUUACUGUUGCUUACAAUGCGUGGUCUUUGCAAAAGCUGUCUGAAUGGGCUCUAUGAUUGGCGGAUUCAUGUUGUACAUAAAUUAAAUGAAACCGACCAUAACUACUGCACAUAUGUAUAUGGAGUAUCUAUUACGUUAUCUUACAUAGUAAACAAGCAGUAUGAUGAAAUAAAACCAGCAACCCUUUCGGAAUACGUCCUACUGGGCACCUUAAUGAUUUCUGGAUCUCUUUUGGUCAAAUUUAUAGUAUUUCCAAAGAUGGUAGCGGAGGCCUUGUUGAGGUUACGGAAAAGGUGCUCGUUUUACCCAGAAGUUACGAGGAUAGUAGAAGAAACUCAUCGGCGUAACGCCACACCAAACGCUUACAAAGAUGUACAGAAGUUUUAUGAUUUGUUGUGGAAAAAAAGAAAUGGAAUCACUGAAAUCCCCGAUGUCAUAUCAGAGCUGCCGAGGAACUUGAGAUUAGAUAUCAAGCAUGAUCUUGUUUGGCCUGUGUUUUAUCACAGUCCAACACUGAGGAAUACGUCAUCGUCGUUUAAACGAUGGCUGUGUGAUUAUAUUCACAUAGAUUACAAGAUGCCAGGUGAAAAAUUUUACGCAGGACCUCAUUGCCAUUCUCAUUUGUAUUAUAUCAAAGCUGGAAUAGUUCAGGUGAUCUCUGCUGACGAUGGUACCACACCAUUAAUUUCUGUGACAAGUGGCACAAUUUUUGGUGACAUCAGUUUCUAUCUUCCUUACAAGAAGAAAGCGUCGACCGUACGAUGUCUAACAUAUUGCGAAGUGUUAUACAUCGAACGUAUUGAUAUUUUGAACUCCUUACAUAAAUAUCCAGAAGAUCGUCGCAUGGUAAUGGAACUGACUAAAGAGAGAAUCAAGCAUGCCAAAAUAUUGCACUCAUGUAAACAACUCGUUCGAGGUUUAGAUAGAACUGAAGAUGAAGGCAUAGCGUGGGUCAAGAAACGGUGGUGGGAGAUUUUAGAUGCCGUUUCUGUUUGGAAAACGAAAUCGACAAAAAAUGAAAAUAAAAAAUGCGAAAUACCAGGAGAAGAAGUAGUAUAUCAUUGCGCUAAAUAUAUUGGCCAGUUAGUGCUGUGCAGCGACAUUCAACUCCAGACAAAAUCACUGUUUGCGAACGUGAAAUUCCCUUGGAUAUUUGUACCAGAAUCAUCAUUCGGUCGUAUCUGGAAUACAAUCGUUACAACAACAGUUUUUUUAGUUUUGAUACUCUAUCCACCGUACAUAACGAGACAGAAUAUUCCGAUGUGGUUUAAAUUUUUCCAGUUUUGGGUAAAUUGUGUUUACAUAUUUGAUAUUUGUGUAUCUCUUCUGACGUCUAUAGUGAGACAUGAAAAUAUAACAAACAAUUUUGCUUCAGUAAUGUUUACUCGAUGUAAGAGCCCGAAAUUCGCUUUAGACGUGUUGUCAACAGUUUGGCUCGAGGAUUUAGCUGUGAUAACUGGUGUGCCUGAAUAUUAUUUCGCUUGUCAGUUCAAUCGUUUGAUCAAAGUUUACGUAUUGUUUCCAAAUUGGGAUGCCAAAACAGAUCCACUGUACGAUGCCUGCUACAAAAUUGUGUUGGUGCAUUAUGCCUUUGUUUACAUCGUCAGUUACUUAUUGCUCAUGAUUGACCGUAACGAUGAUAAGAUAAGCACGUCUUAUUUUUAUGGCGAAGUAUUCUGUAAGCGCGACUCACCUGAAGAUCAAUGUGACUUCGAACGUGUUUCUCCUUUCUACGUGGUGUUAGCAUGGACUUUGGAAUUUAUAUUUUACGAAUACCUUCCAAAUACUUUGAUGGACAUGUAUGUAGCUAUUAUUAUAAGCUAUAUGGCAUUCAUUGUAUGUGUAUUUUGCGAAGCGAAUUUAGUCGGUUCACUGUAUUUGAAAUAUCGAGAGAUAACAAACUAUCAAUAUUUAGUGGCUAAUAUAAAGAGUCAUUAUAAUCAUCAUAAAAUUCAUCCCGAUCUGUUGAAACGCUUGAAUAGAUAUUUACUGUGUCAUUGGAAAUAUUACCAUGGCAUGGAUAUCAUGCAGCCGAAUCUUUUAAGGAGUGAACCUUAUGACAUUUAUUGGAAAGUGCACGGUGAAAUUGCUGUGAAAGUAAUUAAAGAAUCUCGAGCAUUUAUUUAUGCAGAUCUUUCACUUAUAAGGGAGUUAGCGUUCAAAUCUAAGUUUUUGGUAUUGCCAAAAAAUUCAUCUUUAAUUGUUUUUGGUUUAAAUUUGAAAAAUAUCUCGUAUAUCAUACAGGGCUCUAUAAUGUGUGAAUAUCCAAAUGAGAAGGGUGAAUUAUUAAGAAAGACGUUAUAUCCCGGUGAAUUCCUGUCUGCUCUUGGGGUGUUUUUUGGUUGUGUAUCCCUUAAAACACUUACGACAAUGUCAGAAUGCGAAAUAUUGUACAUACCAACUAAAGACUUUAUAGAGACCAUUAAACGUUUUCCGCACGAAUGGUCGUAUUAUCAAACCGCCGUAGACGAAUUAUCCACAGACGUGCGUAAAAUAGUCCAGGAUUAUGUUGAAAAGCAUACAACUUACAAAUUAGUGCUAAGGAAGAGUAUAUUUCAUGCAAAAAGAAGAGGCUCAGAGUACAUUGCAUCUACGAGUACAACUGAAGAAAACGAAAAUAGAAAGGAACCGAAGAAAUUAUACAGUUACAUUAGUGGUGGCGCUUGGAUAGAUCCACAUUCAAGGUUUAUGCACUACUGGAUGCCGUUUCGGGCUGUGCUCGUAAUUAUAUCAAUAACGUGUGCUUCACUACAAGGUGGCAGUGGAGCAAUUUACAGAUAUCCAUUUGUAUUAGUCGGAAAUGUUUGUGAUCUUACCGUCAUAUUGGACAUUUUUUUCAAGAUAUUCCUUGGUUAUUACGACGCCCGUGGGUUACUGAUAACGAAUGUCCAUCAGCGCACCAGGCGUUACAUCAGUCGAGGCUUUGUCUGCGAUCUCGUGGGCUGUUUGCCUUGGCCGGACAUGAUCAAUCAAUUUAUCACGGAACCGAUCACAGGGAACCAAGCGUUGCUCAUCAACACUUUCAGCAAGUUCGCGCAUCUAUAUCUUUUUAUCGGCUAUUUUAAUUAUAUGGCGGACAUGCCGAACGUCAAUUUUGCAUUUCUAAUGAUCAUCAAGUGGUUUGUGGUAACAUUGUUAGUAAUGCUUGGCGCCGGCCAUUUCUUCGUCAGCCAUUGCAUCUCGUUCGACUGGGACUCCACUACCACGUUGGUGGGCAUGCAGCGGCUCAAUCACUGCUGGUUGCCCAACUAUUUCCCGCUGAGCGACCCGCCUACGGUGCAGGAGUUGCAUAUGGUAUAUGCAGAAAGCUUAAAUUUAGCUCAAAGUGCUUUUAUGAGAUUUAACCUUGGAAAAUUUCAAAUAGACCGCAUUAAUGGUUUAAGCGUUGGAAUUAUGCUUCUUAUGAUUGGAUUUAUGUUCUGGUAUAUUAUUUGUUACACUCUAACUUUGUUGGUGUUGAACUAUCGGGGGAACACAAUAUUCCAACACAGUGUAAAUCAACUGCGAAGGUUCCUCAAAGCGGAACUAGUCGACAAGAAUGUCAUAACUCUCGCUGUUUCCCAUUUUAGAUAUUGGUGGUUUAGAACGAAGGGCAUAAAUAUACAGAGUUUGAUGAACGAACGUCUUGGUGUUAUAUUUAAACAGGACUUGACUUACUAUUUCUUUAAAAAAACAGUAGAAGCGACUGAGACGUUGUUAAAAGGCGGCGAAAGUUUGGAAAGAGAGAUUGCUAGUGCUGCAACCCAGCUUUACUUUCUUCCUGGGGAGAUUAUCGCAAGAGAAAUGGAUUUAAACCCUUGGGUUUUUAUUGUGCAUCGUGGAAAGAUUGUAAUUAAGAGAGAAGGAAAAAAAAUAGCACGUCUGACGAAGGGUUCUAUAUUUGGUCAAUUAGAUGGCUUGACAGCUCGGCCCUUACGUAUUUCUGCUGUCUCUGAUGAAUAUGCUGAUCUUCUGCAGAUUUCGAUCAAAGAAUUUCAAGACAUCAUUGGUGAUAAGGGUAGAGAAAACAUUGCACAAAAUGCUCAAUCUAAAUACGACUAUAUGGCUGUAGAGAAAGUAGUCACUGAGAACCCCUACAAUACUGUUGACUAUUUGCUGCGAGGCCAAAAGUCUAUUCAAUUUCCUUGGAUGAGCACACGUAUGAUAGCCCAAGGCUGGUACUCACAUUGGCUGUACUUGACGUGGCUGAUCUGCCCUGUGAUAGCAAGCUUUGCAGUGUUGUUCCUGGUCACCGUGCCAGAAGACUACGAUGCCGACAUCUUCGUGUUUCUGCUACUCUUCGAUGUUGUACAUUUGCUGCACAUAGCUACUGAGUUUUAUUCUACUAAGCUCGUCGUUGUGUAUGGAAGAUGCGAAGACAAAGUUGUAAAAUGGCGUAUAUUCAAAAAAUGGCAAACUUAUGUUGAUCUUAUUUCAUUUAUUAUACCAGUGAUAGCUUACUCUUUUGGAAAUAGACACUACGCCCUUUUUCGUUUGCUAAGGCUUCGGCUUCUCUAUGAUUUUCAUAAACAUUUUUGCAAGGGAUUUCAGAGUACGAUAGCUCCUAUAUUAUUGAAGUUUGUAUUGAUAAUCCUUCUGCUUCAUUGCAUGACUUGUGGUUGGAUCUAUGUUGCUUGUCGAGAUUCAGAAUUUCCUCUAGACAUCCCACCGAUUCCUCCGGAUAUAAAUGCUACUAUCGAUUAUGCUGAGUGGACUUUACCAUAUUCAAGAAAGGGCGGAUGCGCACGGUUGACGAAAAAUUAUAUCGGCGGUAACAAAAACAUGUUUGGUUUCCUAGUUCCUUUGUAUUGGACGGCAGACUAUCUGGUGGCCAUGAUAUAUAUCAUAAUUAUCUAUACACAUACAGAAAUCGAUAUUGUAGUGGCGCUGACAUUAAAGCAGAUUUACUACAAGCUGUUCAUCAACUUCAUCAUAUACCCGGCCGAUAUAUGGAUACUGAGCAUAGCGAUCAGCGCCGUGUACACAAAGUUACGUGAACUGUACACGUAUGACUACCAGGUCAACAACCUCGUCACUUAUUUGCAUAGGAGCGGAUUGUCGCCAAUGUUGCUGGACUCCGUACGACAGUACACUGAGCAGUUGUGGAAGAGGCAACGAGGUAAUUGGCUACCAGAGUUAGCUCAACACGCUCAUCAUUGCCUCAGGGAAGAUCUCUUGGGUGCUCUUUACAUACAUCAUCUGCAAACUGUUCCAAUUUUUCGAGAUUUACCUGAGUAUUUUAACCGACAGUUGGUAGCCAGGUUACGGAGAGUCGUUAUUUUCCCAGGUAAAUUAAUAGUCCAAGAAGGGGACAUUGUGUCUUUAAUGCAUUUCAUUCACGAAGGCGAAGUUGAGAAGUGGUAUACUAACAAAGAUGGUGAGAGAAAAAUGGUGUCGAUCUUAAACACGAAUGGGUACUUCGGCUUAGUUCCGGCGCUGUUCCCAAAUGCGCCGUUCCAAUUUACGUAUUUUUCUCGCACGGUGGUAGACAUCGUGUUUUUGAGAUUCAGAGAUUGGCAAGACCUGCUGGAAGGAUAUCCCGACAUCAAAAAGCAGUUGUAUGAAUUGGCGACGAAGUAUAGAAAGGAGAUACAAAAGGUCAAACUGUAUGAACAAACUGUAUGA